UCAUCAUCAUGCUUUCCUUAAUGCACUUUUUCUCUUGCAAACCCUAACUGAUCUAUCUGUAUGACUGUUCUAAAUCAACCAAUUUACCAACGAUUUCUGCUGUGCUCUUUCUUGGUUUGAUCGAAGUAAUUUGGAGCUACUAAAGACUAUUACGAGGUAUAUAAUAACUUAUCAAGCCUCUGAGUAUGGAUCAGCAAGAGCAUGGGCAGGGUAGCUCAGGUCAGAUGCCAUAUGGUGUGGCCCCAUAUCCACCAAACCAAAUUCAAACCCCACAAUCAGUCGGUCUUCCUUCACCUCCAACACAGCUUGCACAACAGCAACUUGCUUAUCAGCACAUCCACCAGCAACAGCAACAGCAAUUGCAUCAACAACUCCAGAAUUUUUGGGCAAAUCAGUACCAGGAGAUCGAACAAACAACCGAUUUUAAAAACCAUAGUUUACCCUUGGCUAGGAUUAAGAAGAUCAUGAAGGCAGAUGAGGAUGUGAGGAUGAUAUCAGCUGAAGCCCCAGUCAUAUUUGCCCGUGCAUGUGAAAUGUUCAUCCUUGAGUUAACUUUAAGGUCUUGGAAUCACACAGAAGAGAACAAGAGAAGGACACUUCAGAAAAAUGACAUUGCAGCUGCAAUCACGAGGACUGAUAUUUUCGACUUCUUGGUUGAUAUAGUACCAAGGGAGGAUUUAAAAGAUGAGGUACUUGCAUCGACCAUCCCUAGGGGUGGUCCCCUUCCUGUUGGACCUCCAACUGAGGGUCUCCCUUACUAUUAUAUGCCUCCUCCACAAGUUGGUGGUUCUGGGAUGUAUAUGGGUAAGCCUGUGGAUCCUCAAGCCCUUUAUGGACAGCAGCCUAAUCCAUAUAUGGCUCAGCCUCUUUGGCCACAACAGCAGGAACAAGAACCACAGGGAGAUGCUUAAGCCAGGACUUCCCAAGAUGAUGGAUGAGAAGCCUUUAGUGAUGUAACAAGGUGGAUGUGUAAGACCUUUAUGAGGUUACUUUUCAUUUGGCUGGUAGGAUGCUUUUGGUGUUUUAACUUGUUGUCAUACUUGGUGUUUGUGUUGUUGAAUUGAGUAGGUCUAUAAAUAGGCUCUUGGCCUGAAUUGAGAAUGUGUAGUGCUGACGAUGGACAUCCUCUUAUGUAGUUGUAUGUUGAAUGUUCUUGUGAAUUGGCGGA